AUGGAGACGCGUGGUCCUCCAGGCGCUCGGCCCCCGGAGCCACCCGCUGGGCGGCAGCCGGUCUUGGGCUGUUCCGGGCGCGGGUGGCGGCACCGCGGGCGGAUGGACCGCCACGGUGAGCCGGGGGCGUCGGGAUACGGCGAGGAGGACGAGGAUGAGGAGGGGCGAGAGGGCGGCACUGCGGGCUCGAAGGGGUCCAGACUGCCCCCAAUUGCGGGCAGCACCUCAGAACCGACCAAACGGAAGGUGAAGAAGAAAAAGAAGAAGAAAAAGACCAAGGGGUCGGGCAAGGGGCACGAUAAACAUCAGAGUCGAGGCCUGAAGAAUCAGCAGCUGUCGUCAUCCUUUCACGGCAUCAUAAGUCCCAGCAAAGAUCACGGCCUGAGGCAAGAGCACAGACAGGACAAAGAUGACAACAAGCUCAUCCCUUCUUACUCCUCCAAUGUGAGUCUCCCCCACUUUGCCAAAAUAGAAGAGAACCUCUCCAACCAGAUCAACGAGAGUCUGCGUUGGGAUGGAAUUCUGGCUGACCCAGAGGCAGAGAAAGAAAGGAUUCGCAUAUACAAGCUUAACCGCAGGAAGCGGUACCAGAUUUUGGCCCUCAAGGGCUUCUGCUCUGACCCCUGUGCUGAGGAGACUCCUGAGAACCUACCCUACCUCUCAGAGAAAGACAGCAGCACCAACAGCAGGCCGCCCUCGUUAAAAGCCAACAGCCCCAAUCCCUGCUUUGAAGGAAGCCUUGCUCCAAAGCCCCUGCACUCUGAUUAGCUAUGACUCUGCCCGGGUGAAAAUCCACCCCUGACACUGGCAAGCUUAUCACUUAUCCUUACCACAAGUUUAUGUGUUAAAAAGAAGAAGAAUAAACGGAAAUCAGACCUACAUCUGAAGGAAGCAGAUGUUUGGUGUGUUGGUGGUCAACCUCUCCUUUCAACAAGGUGCCCUUAAUUGCCCAGGAAAACCACAGUUCCUUAAGAACAUAAGCAAUUUAAUGAACGAAAUUCUUUUGAGUUUCCUUUUUCUCAAAUAAGCUGGCAUCUCUCUUUCUUACUUAAUUUCUUAUCACAGUUAGAUGUCUAUAGUCU